AUGACUAAACGACAAUUGGGUAAAAUAGUUGGUGGGAUUAGAGAUAUUGAAAGAACUUUAAAUCAUGUGAAUAUUCGUGCUAAAAUUGUAAAUAUAAUGAUAUUGACAAAGAUUUAUGAUGAAGAACCUAAUGAAUGGGCAAAGACAGUUUCAAAAUUUUUGUUGGAUUAUAAUACUGAAAUAAAUAUAUAUAUUCAAGAAGAGUUGAAAACUAAUGAAUAUUAUCAAUAUCAAGAAUUGAUUAAAUCAGAUCCAACUUUUGAAGAUAGAAUACAUUUUUGGUAUGGUGAUAAAUGUGCUUAUAGACCUGAAGUAUUUGAUUUGAUUGUUACAUUUGGAGGUGAUGGUACUGUAUUAUAUGCAAGUUGGUUAUUUCAAACUAUUAUACCCCCAAUAUUACCAUUUUGUUUAGGUAGUUUGGGUUUUUUAACAGAGUUUAAAGUGGAGGAUCAUGCAAAAAUCUUGUCUGGUAUCAUUGAAGAUGGGUAUCAAUGUUCAAUUAGAAUGAGAUUUGAAUGUACUAUAAUGAAAUCAAUAAAUCCAGAUGAAUCAAAUGAUUUAAAGCAAGAAAUUAGAACAUUAAACUCAAUCAAGAAAACUCAUGAAAUUUCAGAAACUUAUUGUGUUUUCAAUGAAGUUGUUGUUGAUAGGGGUCCCAACGCCAUAAUGACCUCAUUAGAAGUGUUUGGUGAUAGAGAAGCAGUAACUACGGCUGAAGCUGAUGGAUUAAUCAUUUCCACACCAAGUGGGUCCACAGCUUAUUCUCUAAGUGCAGGUGGAUCUCUUGUACAUCCAGAGAUUCCAGGGAUUUUAAUAUCACCAAUUUGUCCACAUACAUUAUCAUUCAGACCAUUGAUCAUUCCAGAAUCCAUAAUCUUGAGAAUAGGUGUUCCAUAUGAUGCUCGCUCCACGGCAUGGUGUUCAUUUGACGGUAAGAAUAGGGUCGAGUUGAAUAAAGGUGAUUUCAUCACUGUUACGGCUAGUCGUUUCCCAUUGCCAUGUAUAAAGAACUCUGCUACAAAGAAUGGCUGGUUUGAAAGAUUGAGUGAGACGUUGCAUUGGAACGAGAGAAAGCGUCAAAAGCCAUUGAAAAUGAGAGAGGCACCUGAUUUCGUAUGA